AUGCAGCAGAAGGUACUUAUCGUUACACCAGUUGCCUUGUUUGAGCUUCUCGACGGGAAGACUGUAGAGCGUGGGAAUUGUGCAUGCGCCAUUGUGGGACUUCCAUCGGAUCGGCCAAAGUACAGCUUGGUGUGCUACAAUGACCGCCGUGAAACGUUGUGCGUGGGCGCCAUGUCCUCAAACAAUGAGCAUGGUCUUCGGUUUGAACUACAAACGGGCAUGUACGCCAGUUUUUGUGACAGUACGGGAAAGCGGUGGAGCUGCAUGUUUCUAAAGGAAUCUCAGGUGGAACCUUUCUUGGCCGUACUUGGGAUUGCGCUCUACGCCUUGGCAGGACAACCCGCACACACGACCGUCGUCAGCGAUUUUGCGCCACCAGCAGGUGAGGUCCGGCUUGGCCUGCAGCAUCGUGUUAAGAUGCGUUAUUCUGCCUUUGCCGUUCGCAAAGGAGACGUUUUGCAGCUUGGUGAGGUGCUGGAGACGAACGGAGACCGUCCUUAUAACUUUCAGCCGGUACAGUCGGCAUUGGCCCUUCUACCAGAGGCGAAGGGCUUUGAGUCGAGUGUGCUUGGCAUGAUGGAGGACUCUUGGCGGACGGUUGUGGUGCCGGCAAUGCUUCCGCGCUCAGGAGGGAGGCAUUUGUACGGCGGUGACACUGUUGCUUUUGUGCUGCAAGCGGUACGCAUUCUCCACGAUGACUCCCCAAUGGCGGCGGAUGCCAAAGUUCCUGUGGUGUUCGCCGACUGUGACAAUGCCUCUGCCCUGGUUCCUGUCCCUGCGCACACGAAGGAUGCGAAUGGCACAAAGAUUGUUGUGCUUCACAGUGAGCAUCGGGAGGGGACGACGGGCACCGAUGGGAUGUUUUUCACCACGUCCGCUUUCGGCGAGGAGGGUGGUGGAGUGUCCGCGGAGCACAUGGCACUGAUACAGAAGUUGGGCGCUCAAAUCAGCCGGGCCACAACAGAUGCGCGUGAUGUACGUGAUAUUGCCGUGGGCGUGACCGGGGAAUGGAAGCAGGCCGUAAGCCGACCCAAGCCUUCGGCGCUGACGAAUGCGGCCCUGGAGCAGUCUGUAAAACAGCUCAUUAUGGAGAAUGAACGUGUCAUGGAGGACAUUGCUCGCCGCGAUGAGCUGCUCCGCUCACUGGAUCAGCGGAAUCGCGAGCUGCAGAAGCGUGUGGAUGCCGCGGCCUUGGUCUCGCAGCAACUGAUGGACGAAAAGAAUGACUCCAUGCGCACGGCAUCAGACGUGAAGCUGGAAAAGGAACGUGUUAUCAUGAAGCUGCAGGAGCAGAUCAAUCAGGCUGUCCAAGAGCGGGAUGAUACGCAGCGCCAUCUUCAAACCGUGAAGAAAUUGCUCGGGGUUUCCGAUGAAGAGCUGCGCCAGAUAAGAGGCAAGGCCGAUGUACACGCCAUACAAGCCCAGAGCAUUGUUGCAAAAUUAGACACCAUACACGACGCUCUGGCUGAAGAACGUUCACGUCGCAAGGGCUUGGAGGCGAAGGUGAUGUCUCUGCAGGAGGAGAUUAGAGACGCUGAGGCUGAACUGCACCUGAAAAAUGCCCAACUAGAAGAGCUUCGUCGUACGGCAGACAUGGAACGGGCACAUUACGCUCAAAUCAUGGAGGAUGAACGACAGCGUCGUGGAUUCGAGGCGCAACAGCUGCGUAGUGAGAUUGUGUCGGAUUUGCAGUCGCGCGAAGCAAAAUAUCAGGCGGAUCGUGCUCGUGUGGAGGAGGACAACUUUCGACGUGGACAAGCCGAAGGCAAAGAAAUUGGAAGGCGCGAGGCACGCGUCCAUGUGGAGACUCAACUGGAGGAGCUCCAACUUGAAGCACAGCGGGCCAUGACCGAGCUGGAUGCAUCUAAAACCGAUCUGCGGCGUGUCAUUGAGGACGGCAUGGCGCAAAACCGCACGCUUGGGGCCAAAGUUGCGGAACUCAAGAAGCAAAUGUAUGAGGAAACAGGAAAAAGAGUGCGGUUGGAGUUUCAGCUCCAGGGUAUGCGCACCAAAUUACGGUGUGCUCAGGAUAUUCCCAUGGCUGCUUUCACAUCCGUUGCGUAUCGGCUGAGUCGACCGGCGGAAGUGGCAGAUUUGCUGCAGAUUUUGGAUGCGCUCAAAAAGCGGCAGAAGUUGGAUUUCAGUUUCGAGAAGCGAAAUCAGGAGGCAGAGGAGCUUCAGUCAAUGCAACGUCGUCUUCAAUGGAUUGAGUCGAGCAUGUUUUCUUUAUAUUGCGACAGAUCGGAGGCCAUUUAUCGUGCCUGGGUGGAACCACUGUUGGCGGAGCAGAAGGCGACAGUGGAGGCGGUGCGCCGUCUUUGGCUGGAGCGUAAUGGAAUGGCCCACUAUGAAAUCAACGCGGCGGAAACGCGUAGUCGGUUUGAUAUUGGGCAAGAAAUGGAAUCCUUCUUUACGGAACUCUCCAAGGUCUUCAAUAAUCAGAUGAUGCAACGGUGCGAAUGCCUCAAUGAGGCAGAGAGGGCCUUCAAAGGGAUUUUUGAUGAAUACUUGGCGGCCACGGACGCAAUCAAUGCAUACCGAAUUGCGGAACUUCAGGCACGGCGGGCACUGAGCGAGGAGUGCAUGGCAGCACGCACCGUCACGGAGGAAGAAGAAGCGGUGGCAUUCCGUUUACUUUUGACGGAGGCUCUGACCGGCGUGACCGCGGCAGAUCAGAACGCCUUCAUGGAGGCAGAGGAGGGUGAGAGGGCCCUGAUUGACGCGGACCAAUGUGCCGAGUUUAGCGGGAUGCUGUUUGAUUGCGGCGAGGGGCUGGCAGCCUUGCAACGUCUUGCGGCCGCAGUUGAGGUGCGACACAAACUGAUGGCGGAGGAGGCGCAGUUACGUGCCGUUAUUGUGGCGGAGGAGCAAGAAGCUCUGGGAGAUAUCACGGAGGAACAGCCACGACAACAAGCGCCGCCGCCACCACCACAGUCGACACUUUUAGAGGAUGGGACAGACGAAAGGGUGUCUGGCGCUCAUUCUUCUUUUUACCCCGCAGAGGAGGAGGAGGAGACGGCGGAGGAAAAGGCGACGCCGUUUAGCGAUGAGCCGCAAGCCGAGGCUCCACGGGUAGAACUUGACGAGGCCUCCUUGCUGAGGACGGCUGCCAAAAACGAUAGCUUCGAUGCAAAUGACACCGCGACGCCACCGCCACCGCCAGCUGCCCGUGUUUUCCUGCCGUCUACGCAGGCAGCGGUGGCGAAAUCCAACCUUUUUGGUUCCUCUAGUGACGACGACGACGACGACAGGAAUGAGAGGCGGGUGCCAUCGAUGCAGAGACCCACGGUGACCAAAAGCCGCAUGCCUCCGCCGAAAUCCAAACUCUUUGAAAGCAGUGACAGUGACUAG